AUGGGAAUGGCUGCUGAAGAAUGUACAGUUGAGAAUAAUAUUAGUCGAUGGCUUUGCAAUUUCUUCGUAUCAAGUGGCUCGGUUUAUCCUGAUCCAAUUGUUCCUAUAAUUGCUUCUGGUGGUAGAGGGAAGUGA